AGGUGGCCUUCUAUUUAGGGUGCCCUUCUAAUAUAGGGUGGCCUUCUAUUUUGGGGGGGGGUUUAGUUUAAUACUAAGCUAAAUAAACAGCCAAACUCAUGUACAUCUCUACUAUACGGAUAUUUUAUUAGAUUUCAUGUGUCUUUUGAUAAAAUAUAUUACAUAUAUAUUUUAACACUAUGAUUUCAGGCCAUGCCUAGUGAAUGUACUUGUGAGCAGGUGCUUGUUUACUUUCAAACUUGUGCGGGUGACUUGAUAAGUACUUGACCUGUGUUACUUGACAAUUUUUUUCAAAAAAACACUACUUGAUUGAUACUUGUGGAAAUUUGCAAAUAAAAAAAUACUUGAAAAGUGCUGGCUGUACUUGAGCAAGUUCUUGUAUGCAAGUAUAGUCACUAGAACGUACUACUUAAACUCAUAGAUAUUGUUGUAUGUGAAAUUAUUCAUUAUUAUCAUUUAGAAAAGGUACUGGAAUCUUCAUUCAUCUUCGACGAUAGCACCAGUGGAUUUGGAUGAAACUGCAGUGAAUCCGCAUCAAACAAGUGCAAGUAAAUGGAUUAGGAUGAAAUCGGUUUCAUCGCCCGUACGUCUAUGUAUGUCGGUGAAACAAUUAUCAAAAAAAUUUGGAAAAUUUCAAGCAGUAUCUAAUUUAAAUGUGGACUUUUACAACAAUGAAGUAUGUUGUCUUCUCGGACAUAAUGGCGCUGGAAAAACAACAGUAACAUCAAUACUUGUCGGUAUGUUGGAACCUACCAGUGGUUCUGUUAGUAUUAGUGGAUUAGAUAAUCAAGAAAAUAUUGAAGAAGUUCGAAAAGAAAUAGGUUUUUGCCCUCAAUAUGAUAUUCUCUAUCCAGAAUUAUCUAUUAAAGAACAUUUGGAAUUAGUGGCAAAGAUGCGUCAUAUGGAUGUAGAAGCAACAGAGGAGUCUGUUGAAAAUAUUCUUCAACUUAUUGGUUUAUCAAAUGAACGAUUAACAUUAGCUAAGAACCUAUCUGGAGGGAUGCAAAGACGACUAUCCAUUGGUAUUUCAAUGAUAGGAGACCCAAAAGUAUUAAUUCUAGAUGAACCAACAAGCGGUAUCGGUAUGUUACGGCAAAAAAUUUUUUUAAAUAUAUUUUCUUGGAAAUUUUGUAUACCCACUUGA